AUGGCAGACCGGCAGGAAGCCGAGUUAUUAUACGAAACUGAUGAAAAAGGUCAGCUAGUUGUUGUGAAAUCAUUGCAAUCAGCAUCACAAGCCUAUUUACGCUUCACGAAUAAAACGUCUCGACCUAUUGACAUUUGGUGGCGAGAUUUUGAUGGCGCUAAAAGGCACUAUGAACGAUUAGAAGCAGGCAUGCAUUACGACGUAAAUUCCUUCAUAACUCAUCCUUGGGAGUUCUCGGACGCUGCAACAAAAGAGCGAUUUGUUAUUAACAACAAACAUGUUUACAGACCGCCAGCAAAUAUCGGUGGCAUGAUGUAUAGAACAAAUUGGAAUAUAACUAUUGGUGUUAGAACACUUCGUCACACUGCUUUAUUAACACUAGCAGCCCAUAUAUCAAAUCCUAAUAGAGUUGAUUCUCUUGGUUUACCGAAGGUUCUUAGUGAAGAGCUAAAGAAUCUGAUCACUUUGAUCCACAACCCACCUCCUGAGCCAGUCGAGCGACGAGAU